AUGUCUCAUCAUAAGAAGAGGGUGUACCCCCAGGCUCAGAUCCCGUACGCUGCGAAUGUUCCAAUAGUUGCAGAACAACAACAGUUUCAACAACAGAUAGAUCAAACGGCAAAUGCUAUAGGCAAUUUCCAAUUGAACGACAACUCCUACUCGUUCGCACAGCCAGCUGAACAGCCUCAACAACUCAGCUCUAGGAAAGUGGCCAAUCAAUUGUACCCUGUAGACUUGUUUACAGAAUUGCCUCCUCCAAUUCGUGAUCUGUCAUUACCGCCUCCUCCAAUUACUAUCUCUCCGGAUAGCAUUGUGGCCCUAUCAGAGACAUCCAAUGUCCCAUAUCAGUAUGUCAGAUCUACUUUAAAUGCGGUGCCAAAGACAAACUCUUUGUUGAAAAAAACGAAGCUACCGUUUGGAAUCGUAAUAAGACCAUACUUGAACUUGCAAGAUUCGAAUGAAUACGUGCCCUUGAACAAAGACGGGAUCAUAGUUCGUUGCCGCCGUUGUCGUUCUUAUUUGAACCCCUUUGUUGCUUUUAUUGAACAAGGGAGAAGAUGGCAAUGUAAUAUUUGUCGAUUCAAGAACGACGUUCCAUUUGGCUUCGAUCAGAAUUUGCAAGGUGCUCCGAUUAAUAGAUACGAAAGAAACGAAAUCAAACACUCUGUCAUGGAGUAUUUGGCGCCUGUCGAGUACUCCGUCAGAGAACCCCCACCAUCUACCUAUGUGUUUAUUUUGGACGUUUCUCAAAACGCUGUUCGAAAUGGUUUACUAGCCACAUCUGCCAGAACUAUUUUAGAAAAUUUAGAGUUUUUACCAAACCAUGACGGAAGAACUAGUGUUUCCAUCAUAUGUGUUGACCAUGCUCUGCAUUAUUUCUACGUUCCCCUAGAUGAUGACUAUGAAGAAUCGGAUGACGAUGAUGAUGAUGAUGAGGAGGAUGAUGAAGAAGAGGAGGAAGGCGGAGACGAAGAGGAUGAUGAUGAUGAUGAAAGCAUGGCUGAAACAGUCCAAAUGUUUGAUGUCGGUGAUUUAAGCGAACCAUUUUUGCCAAUGCCCAGUGAGGACCUCGUGGUUCCAUUAAAAUAUUGUAAAAAGAAUUUGGAAAAACUACUAAAAACGAUACCUGAAGUUUUCCAAGACACACACAUAAGCAAAUUUGCACUUGGGCCUGCUCUUAAAGCUGCUUCGAAUUUGAUCAAUAACACGGGAGGUAAAAUUGAAGUCAUUUCAUCGACUUUACCAGAUACUGGUGUCGGAAAAUUGAAGAGAAGAAGUGAGCAAGGUGUAUUGAACACACCAAAGGAGACCUCCCAAUUACUAUCAUGCCAGGACUCCUUUUACAAAACAUUUACAAUCGAGUGUAGCAAAUUGCAAAUAACAGUCGAUAUGUUUUUAGCGUCCGAGGAAUACAUGGACGUAGCGACUUUAUCCCAUCUGGGCCGCUUCUCUGGUGGCCAAACACACUUCUAUCCCGGCUUCAAUGCUACUAGUCUGAACGAUGUUACCAAAUUCACUAGAGAGUUAUCUAAGCAUUUAUCCAUGGAUAUAUCCAUGGAAGCUGUCAUGAGAGUUCGUGGUUCGACAGGUUUGAAGGCUACAUCGUUUUUUGGUCACUUUUUCAACAGAUCUUCAGAUUUAUGUGCAUUCUCCACAAUGCCUAGAGAUCAGUCCUAUCUGUUCGAAAUUUCGAUCGAAGAUUCCAUAACGGCUGAACAUUGCUACUUGCAAGUCUCAACUCUAUUAACCUUAAACACCGGGGAACGUAGAAUUAGGGUUAUGACGUUGGCACUACCAACAACGGAAUCCGCUAGGGAAGUAUUUGCGUCUGCUGAUCAACUGGCCAUUACUGAUUUUGUCACACAAAACGCGGUAGACAAAGCAUUGAAUUCAAGCAUGGAUUCUGCAAGAGAUUUAAUAACAAAAUCACUCCAAGAUAUUUUAAAUGCCUACAAAAAAGAAAUAUCCAUGUCAAACAUCACUGCUGUGACUUCUUUGAAUUUGUGUGCCAACUUGAGGAUGUUGCCUUUAUUAAUGAAUGCGCUAGGCAAAAACAUAGCCUUUAGACCAGGGAUGGUCCCAAGUGACUACCGUGCCAGUUCACUGAAUAAAUUAGAAACAGAGCCGCUUCACUACUUAAUAAAGAGCAUAUACCCAACUGUAUACUCUCUACACGAUAUGCCUGAUGAAGUUGGUUUGCUUGAUUCCAAUAGAGAAAUAAAAUUACCUGAUCCUAUCAAUGCUACCGCAUCCCUCUUUGAAAGAUAUGGAUUGUAUUUAAUUGACAAUUCCGCAGAGUUAUUUUUAUGGGUUGGUGGGGACGCUGUUCCUGAAUUACUGAACGAUGUCUUUAACACCGAUAACAUCUCUGGCGUUCCCGUUGGAAAAAGCGAGCUGCCUGUUUUGAUAGAUUCCCCAUUCAAUGACAGAUUAAGAAACAUAAUCAGUAAAAUUAGAGAAAACAAUGAUACGAUAACUUUCCAAUCGUUGUACACAAUAAGAGGACCAUCUAUCAAUGAACCCGCUAAUCUAACUGCAGAGAGAGAGAUGGCUUCUCUAAGGUUAUGGGUAUCAAGCACCCUUGUUGAAGACAAGAUUCUGAAUUGUGCCAGCUAUAGAGAAUACCUGCAAAGUAUGAAAACGGCUAUUAACAGAUAA